GCCACCCGCAAGUUGCGAUGCAACCCAUCUGCUCCAUCGUUUUCCGAUUAAUACCGCAUCGAGCUGAUUCUCUGCUUCGGCAAUCACCAUUAGAAACUCUCAAAGCGUCGGGUCGAUCUAACGGUGGACGGACAUGAAGCGAUCCCUCCGCCUCUCCUUCCUCCUGCUCCUCUUUCUCAUCAUUUUCACAUAACGGUGGAGGACAUGAAGCGAUCCCUCCGCCUCCCCUUUUUCCUCUUCCUCCUCUUCAUCGCCCUUGCCACUGCCCUCAGCUGCUGCCGGACUCUCGUCCGCCUCGGCCUCCCCUCCGUUCCCCUCUCGGUCUCGCCGCCGCCGCCCGCCGCUGCUUCCAUCAACGAAACCCUCGUCCUCGUCGCCGCCGCCGCCGCCGCCGCCCCCGCCGCCGAUGUGGCGCUGGAGAGAGACGUCGACGACCUCCUCUCCAGCACCUUCUCCUCCUCCACCAUCUCCAGCGGCCGCUACCUCUCCAUCUCCCUCCGCCGGUGGCCGGCCCACGCGGACGACGGCCGCCCACUGUCCCUCGCCCGAAUCCGCUUCCCCGCCCGCCUUCCUCUCUCGACAAUCCAUCAUCACAUCCUCCCGGAGUUCCGCCGCGCUCUCCAUCGCUGGUCCCUCCUCCGCCGGCACUUCCAGCCGGACGUCAUGUCGGAGCUCCUCUCCCUCAUCAAACGCCCCAUCGACUUCCAUUUUGGCUACCCGGACACUGGCCGGCCCUACGCCACCUGCGCCGUCGUCGGUAACAGCGGCAUCCUCCUCAAUUCCGACCAUGGCGACCUGAUCGACGGCCAUGAUCUCGUGAUCCGCCUCAACAACGCCGCCACCAAGGGCUAUAUCCGGAAAGUCGGCGGCAAGACCUCUCUUGCCUUCAUCAACAGCAACAUCCUCCACCACUGUGCUCGGAGGGACGGCUGCUUCUGCCACCCUUACGGCGACUUCGUCCCGAUCCUCAUCUACAUUUGCCAGCCGGCGCAUUUCCUCGACUACGCUAUCUGCAACGCCUCCCACAGGGCUCCAUUGCUCGUCACCGAUGCCCGGCUCGACGUCCUCUGCGCCCGAAUGGUCAAAUUUUAUUCCUUGAAGCGGUUCGUGGAGGCGACAGGGACGCCGCUGGAGGAGUGGAGGAAAGCUCAUGACGAGAGGACGUUCCAUUACUCGACGGGGAUGCAGGCUGUUGUGCUUGCAUUGGGAAUUUGCGAUCGAGUUAGUGUUUUUGGAUUCGGGAAGUCGGCCAAGGCGAAGCACCAUUACCAUACCAACCAGAAGGCGGAACUGGACUUGCAUGAUUAUGAGGCUGAGUAUGCUUUUUACCGGGAUUUAGUCCAGAGGCCGCAAGUAAUACCUUUCCUUAAUGAUUCUGGAUUUAAGGUCCCUCCAGUGGUUUUUUAUCAUUGAGCUGUUUGAAGUUUGUGGUUUGAAUUCAAUCUUCCGGAAGACCAUGAUCUAGUUGUAGUUGUAAAUUUUCACAGAAAAGAGAGGUAAAAAAGACGAAUUAGAUGCGAGGGACAUUUUUGCAAUGGAAAUUUCUUAUGCUGGAAAAUAUUUCAUUAUGAUUUUUGGUUGAAAAAAUUCAACCAUUAAAGCAUUUACUUUUUAACUAGUCCAAUAAAGUUUGGUCCCAAUUAGAAAAGUAAUACAAGUAAAGUUACAUUUCAUA